AUGCCCGAGAGCUGCGCUUGGAGAGACAUGGAGGAAGCGGGCGCUCAGUGUGCCCCGCCGCCGUCCGUGAGCUCCCAGACGGGGCUUUCGCAAGCCAACGUCUCUGCUGCUCCCUCCCACAACUGCAGCGCCGAGAGCUACAUUUACCAGGACUCCAUAGCCCUGCCCUGGAAAGUAGUACUGGUCGUGCUGCUGGCGCUCUUCACCUUGGCCACCACGCUCUCCAAUGCGUUUGUGAUCGCCACUGUGUACCGGACGCGGAAGCUGCAUACCCCCGCCAACUACCUGAUCGCCUCCCUGGCGGUCACCGACCUGCUGGUAUCCAUCCUGGUCAUGCCCGUCAGCACCGUGUACACGGUCACGGGACGCUGGACGCUGGGCCAGGUGGUGUGCGACUUCUGGCUGUCAUCGGACAUCACCUGUUGCACUGCUUCCAUCUUGCACCUCUGUGUCAUCGCCCUGGACCGCUACUGGGCGAUCACGGACGCCGUGGAGUACUCGGCUAAAAGGACUCCCAAGAGGGCGGCGGUCAUGAUCGCGCUCGUGUGGGUCUUCUCCAUCUCCAUCUCGCUGCCGCCCUUCUUCUGGCGUCAGGCCAAAGCCGAGGAGGAGGUGUCGAACUGCGUGGUGAACACAGAUCACAUCCUCUACACUGUCUACUCCACGGUGGGCGCUUUCUACUUCCCCACCCUGCUGCUCAUCGCCCUCUAUGGCCGCAUCUACGUGGAAGCCCGCUCCCGGAUUUUGAAACAGACGCCCAACAGAACCGGCAAGCGUCUGACCCGAGCCCAGCUGGUUACUGACUCGCCCGGGUCCACGUCUUCCGUCACCUCCAUUAAUUCGCGGGCUGCAGACUUACCCAGCGAAUCGGGGUCUCCUGUGCACGUGAACCAAGUCAAAGUGCGAGUCUCCGACGCCCUGCUGGAGAAGAAGAAACUCAUGGCCGCUAGGGAGCGCAAAGCCACCAAGACCCUGGGAAUCAUUUUGGGAGCGUUCAUCGUGUGUUGGCUGCCCUUCUUCAUCAUCUCCCUGGUGAUGCCUAUCUGCAAGGAUGCCUGCUGGUUCCACCUGGCCAUCUUUGACUUCUUCACGUGGCUGGGCUAUGUCAACUCCCUCAUCAACCCCAUCAUCUAUACCAUGUCCAACGAGGACUUCAAACAAGCGCUCCAUAAACUGAUACGCUUUAAGUGCACAAGCUGACUUGUCCAUUGCAGUGGGGUCGCCUAAGCGGCCUUUGGGGGACCAUGCUGUGUCUGGUUCCACAGGUAGGUCGACUCUUUGACUGUUACUGGGUCGGAGUGAGGCUCUCUCUUCUGAGCAAGGGCAAUGGAUCCUGAGAAGCCAGGACAGCCCUGCGAGAGCUCUAAAGGAGAACUGUUCAAACAGCUGAGGAGGGGGCUCACUUUCUCCCCUCAAACCCCAGUUUCAGCACCGACCCUGCCACAGCCCAUCGCAAGGGGGGUUGCAACUUUCAGAAAAUCGAUGAUGGAAAAGAGAUCCUUGCCCUGCUUUGGUAUCACGGAUGAUGCCCCCUAGAACCAGAAGUACUUGUAGUUCUUGUCUGGAGCCUGUCUGAGACAUGAUCUACAUACAGCCUGGUAGUACUUGAACUAGACGCUAAUACCCUGUGUUUGGGGGAGAACUUUGUGUUACAGCUUCGUUUAACAACAGUUGCUUUGGCAUCCUUCCGUCUUCAUUCCGUUUUUGUUCAUUUAAACUUGAUUGGAGAAACUUGUGGAU